AUGAACGGCAAGAAGUGCGACGGCUCGCCGCAGCCGAAAAUGAAACCUACCAAGGAAGUGGUCAAGGAAGAGGAGGAGGAGGAUGCAGAAAUGCUGGAGAGUGAAAAAAUACUAUCUGAAGAACCCUUCGAUCUGGACGAGCUCCUGCCGGUGAUUGGAGAGUUCGGGCGGUACCAGAAACUGCUCCUGUGGUUGAUCUGCCUGCCAGCCUGCAUACCGUGCGGGUUUUGUGCCUUCAAUCAGCUGUUCAUGACGGACGUACCCGAGCAAUACUGGUGUCGGGUGCCUGAGUUGGAAAAUUUCACCGCCGCCGAGCGGAAAAUGUACGCCAUCCCUAUGAUAGAGAACGAUGGCGUGGAGAGUUACAGCAAGUGCUCUCGGUACGCAGUGGACUGGAAAGAGAUACUGAAUUACAGCGACGUCGACGAUGGGUUUGCGCCGAACAGCUCGUGGCCUACGGAACCGUGCCUCGAUGGCUGGGAGUACAACAAGACCGUGGUGCAGUCAUCGAUAGUGAUCGAUUUCAACCUAGUCUGCGACUAUGACAUCUAUCCAACGCUCGGCCUGGUUGCCCUCAACACCGGGGGACCGGUUGGUGUUUAUCUCUUCGGGUUGCUCAAUGAUCGUACCGGGCGUCGGAUAUCGUACUUCUCCUGCCUGGCAACGCUCCUCCUCGGAAGCUUCAUCACAGCGGCCAGCACCAGCUUCUGGAUGUGGGCUUUUAGUCGCGUUAUUGUCGGACUGACCAUACCGGCCGUCUACCAGAUCCCGUUCAUCAUCGCCCUCGAGCUGGUUGGUCCGAACUAUCGAUCGUUCGUCACCGUAAUGACCUGCACGUUCUACACCUUCGGCAUCAUGAUGCUAGCCGGCGUAACCUAUCUGAUACGGGACUGGGUCGAGUUGACGCUCUACACCUCCGUACCGUUCUUACUUUACUUUCUGUACCUGCUCGUGAUGCCUGAGUCACCGCGCUGGUUGCUGAUGAAGGGCAAGCUGGAGGAGGCACUUCAGAUACUGGAAACGAUGGCGCGUGUUAAUGGGAAACAACUACCGGACAGCUUCCGCAAGCGCUUGCAACAGCGUGUAUUAGCCGAGAAGAAUCGCACGACGAAGCGCACGGAAACCUCAAUCGGUGCGUUCGAUCUGUGCAAGACACCCAACAUGAGACUGAAGACAAUCCUGAUCACACUAAACUGGUUCGCCAACGAGACGGUCUACCUGGGGCUUAGCUACUACGGGCCUUCGCUGGGUGAAAACCAGUACCUUAGCUUCUUCCUGUCCUCGCUGGUGGAGAUCCCCAGCUACAUUAUCUGCUGGAUCAUUAUGGAUCGUUGGGGACGCCGGUGGCCGAUGUGUUUGCUGAUGAUACUAAGCGGAAUCAGUUGCAUCGUUACCGUGGUCCUCUCGGAGGACGCUGUUACGGAAACGCUCAUUCUGUAUCUGUUGUCAAAGUCAAUGAUUUCCGCCUCAUUCCUCAUCAUCUAUCCGUUCGCUGGGGAACUUUACCCAACGCAGGUGCGAGGUGUCGGUAUCGGAACUUCAAGCUACAUUGGAGGACUCGGUUUGAUCGUAAUUCCUUUCAUCACUUACCUGGGCAAGGAUAAUCUACGGCUUCCACUCGUCAUUAUGGGCUGCGUAUCGGUCCUCGGUGGAUUCACCGGGCUUCGACUCCCGGAAACACUGCACCAUCGAUUGCCCCAGACGCUGGAGGAAGGCGAACUGUUCGGACAGGAUUGGACCUUCGACGAGUGCUUCCGUUGCAUCCCGACCAAGAAGUCGCCGGCCGGUUCGUACGAGAACCUAUCGCACGAUCCUUCAGAUACGGCGCUCGAGCUGAACGCCGCCGUACCAAUUAACGCCAGCACGUACGCUACCGGAUCUGGGUCGUGUUCAACCGAACGGACACCCCUGGAAAUCGCUCGGAUACGCCGCCAGUCGAUGAAGCGGCUCGUCCGACAGGCCAGCACCAUGGACACCCAGAAAACGAAAGACGGUGCCAUGCAGUUGACUUACUGGUUUUAACAGCUGUUCAGCGAGUAACAGUCUCUUUUAACCACACAUGUUUGAAGUUUGUGAUAUAUAUCUUACCAUUAAAACAGUUUAAAGUAUUCGGAUAGUCAUCUCUUGUCCAAAACAAUGGGCAACCACUCCAGACCAGCGAUUAAAAAUGAGGGGAAAAAACAUCCACAAAAGACUUCAAAGACACUGUUGUAUUUUUUGUAUUAACAAUAAAGAAAUACGUAUAUGUAUAUUUUCGAGAUUUUCUCUUUUUUUUCAUGGGAUUUGUAUGUUGCUGCUGAUGCGCAUUAUGUAUAUAUAUAUCGUUCAUUAUAUACUCAUCAUGUUUUUCUCCUUCCUAGCUGUAUGUGUCGAGUGGCUCGCAAACGUUUUAAGAGUUCUUCAGAUGCUGCAAGGGUACUCUGGCAACAGUUAACGUCUUAUUCAUGGGAAUCUAUUUCCUUGUUACAAUGUUGUUCUACGUCGAGAUGGUUGCAUGCCGACAUGGAGUACUUCUAUUCGGUAAUGUAUUCGUGCCAUAUGUAGUACUUGUUUUCACGAUUUGAAGCCGCAAUUUUGGUUUCUCUGUUGUUAAUAUAGUGAUCGUUUAUCAUCUAUCGUUCUUUUUAAUGGCUUCUGUUUGUUUAUGUGGGCUUGGUUUGUUAAUUUUUUCUUAGUGUUGUUUUAUCUCAUCUAUUUACUUUUGUUUUCACUUGUUGUUAUAUUACCAUCGGGAAUUUCUAUUACGUGUGCGGAAGUUUAAAUAUCGGACAUGCUUAAUCGCUUCCUCAUUCAGUGAAUCCAUCUGUAAGGUUUC